AUGAACCGCAGCUCCUCGGAGUGGGCCUUUCACGAAUUCGUUAAAGAGCAGGGUCUAACCGGAGUGGGCGCAUUAGGCGCCGUAGGAGCCGCCGCAAUUGGCGGCGGAAGCGCCGCUGGCGCGUCCGGCAUGGGUCCGCCUGGAAUGAACCCGUUAAUUCCGGGUCUAAGCCAGGUCUCGAGUCUUGAUAAGCUGCUAGGCGACAGUCCCUCGAAGCUUAAUCUCGCGUCGUACUAUCGCGGCUUAGACGGCGGAGCAGAAGGCGCGGGUGGGGCGGCGGGAUCGGGGGCAGGAGCGGGAGCGGGAAGCGGAGAUGGCGCAGGGAAGCCGGGCGGAGAUGCAGGCGGGGAACAGCAGCGGCUUGGGCUCAGCGGGUUAGGGAGGACCUCUGGGGGGGAGGCGGGGGCAGGGGCGCGGACGGAUAUGGAGGCGGGCGCUGUAGCCGGCGGCGACGGCGGCGGCGGCUCAGCGGCCGCUGCUCCCGCGGGGUUUGCGGCACCUGUCGGCGCGGCGUCGGGCUUCUCCCCCCCGUCGGCGGCGCCGAGCACGGUUCUCGCCCCUGGCGGCGCGGCGGCAGCCGGAAACGGCGGCGGCGGCGGCGGCGGUGCAGGGAGAAGAGCAGGCAUAGCGAGCCCUCCCCGCCGUGGCUUUCAGGCCCAUCCGCCCGCUCACAGACCCGCAACCCACGGCGCAACAGGCGCUACCGCAUCAGGGGGAGCAGCCGGCGGAGGAAGAGGAGGUGGGGGAGCAGCAGGGGCAGGGUCCGCGCGCGGGCUCUCAUCCCGCGAGGCAUCUGAAGAGCCGCGAUCCGACGGCGAGGGCGCGCGGUCCGAAGGCGAGUACGAGUUAGUGGCGUCCCUAGAACACCUAACCGACCCGGAGGAGAUUAAGAAGGUGAAGCGUAUGCUGUCGAAUCGCGAGUCGGCGCGGCGGUCGCGGCGGCGCAAGCAGGCGCACGUGAGCGACCUGGAGGGGCACGUGCAUCAGCUGCAGGCGGAAAACGCGAGCCUGGCGAGCUGGCUGGGGGAGAUUGGGCGGAAAUACAACGAGGCGGCGGUUGACAACCGCGUGCUGAAAUCCGACGUGGAGGCGCUUCGAGCCAAGGUGAAGAUGGCAGAGGAGAUGGUGGGACGGGUCGCACACAUGGCACAGUACAUGUACCAUCAGCCAAUGGCGUUCCGCCACGACGCAGCCUCCGCCGCCGCUGCUGCCAUGCCAUACCCCUCGCCCAUAGACCUUCCAUACUAUCCGCGCCCCCACCGUGCAUCCCAACCCCCACCCUCGCCUUACCCCCUCCCUCCACAUGCUGCCGCCCACGCCGCCCAGACUUCUCAUGCCGCCCAUGCCCAUGCCGCCCAAGCCGCCCACGCCUCUCAUGCCGCCCAUGCUGCCUCUCUCUCCCUCGAUCCGCACCAAGCCAAUGGCGCGCCGCCAACUGCCAUGCACCCAAACCUCCUGCCAGGCCUCGGGUUAGCGCCAGGCAUGGACCCGAACGUGUACGGUAUGAUGCAGGCAGGCAUGGUGCCGGCAGAGCCGACUGAAAGCGCUGGGGGAAAGAUGGAGCGAUCAGCCAGUCUGCAGCGCGUUUCAAGCCUGGAUCAUCUGCAGAAACGAAUGAGAGGGGCGGGAGCAGCUGACGUUUCAGCUGCCACGUCAGCAGCAGCAGGGGGAGGGGCGGCGGGGGUAGGGGGAACGGUGGCAGGGGCGCCAGCAACAAUGGCGGGGCAUGAAGCUGCAGCGGCAGCGGCGGCGGCUGCAGCAGCGGCAGGGAUGUGGGCGCUGGGGUGGCAUGGUGCUGCUGCGGGGGAUGGGGCAGCUGCGGGUGGGGGGAUGGGCGGGGGCAUGGGUGGGGGGAUGGGUGGGGGGAUGGGUGCGGCGGGUAUGUCUGGGCCCAGUGGAACGGGAGCAAGUGCUGCUCGGAAAUCCCUCAAAGUGACUGCUACAGUCGCUGACGGGAUUCCUGCUGCCGAAACAGCAUCCGUUACCAUUGAGAUUGACAACUCCGAGCCUCAAUGGACCGUUGUCAAGCUGUCUGCUCUGAACCAACCUGGCCUGUUGAAUCGUGUCACCUCAGUCUUCAGGGAUCUGAACGUUCAGGUGGUGAGGGCUCUGGUGGGUACUGCUGAUGAUGCAGUUCUGGACACCUUCUACGUCCAGAACGCUGCUGGCAACAAGAUCGAAGAUCCGUCUGAACUCGAUAUCCUGAAGAAGGCUCUCGAGGUUCUGGCCGUCCCCGUGGCGUCUCCGCCAGCCGUGCGUCCCUCUGCGGUGCAGGUUGGGAGCCCUGUAGUGGACCUCCGGAAGCGGCUCAAGGACGUGUAUCUGAGCAACGACGUGCUCUCCAUUCAGGAGAGCAUCGUGAACCACGUCGAAUACACUCUCGCCCGUGAUCGCCACCAUUUCGACUCGUAUGAGUGCUAUCAAGCAGUGGCUCACAGCGUGAGGGAUCGCCUGAUCGAGAGCUGGAAUGACACCAACGAGCACUUUCGCGCCGCUGACCCCAAGCGUGUCUACUACCUCUCCAUGGAAUUCCUCAUGGGCCGGUCGCUGCUUAACAGCCUCUACAAUCUCAACCUGCACGAUGUCUACGCACAGGCUCUCUCACAGCUUGGGUAUAAACUGGAAGAUAUUGUGGAGCAGGAGCGUGAUGCUGCACUCGGCAACGGUGGCCUUGGAAGGCUCGCAGCCUGCUUCCUUGACAGCAUUGCCACUCUCGACCUUCCCGGAUGGGGGUACGGCAUUCGCUACCAGUACGGCAUGUUUCGUCAGACCCUUGAGAAUGGGUUCCAGCACGAGCAGCCCGACUACUGGCUCACCUUCGGCAAUCCUUGGGAGAUUGAACGGACUAACAUUUCGUACACUGUGAAGUUCUACGGCCACGUGGAGCAGUAUACGGACAGCAGGGGUUACCAGCGCUUCAACUGGGUUCCCGGGGAGCAGGUGCAAGCAGUGGCGUACGACAACCCAGUGCCCGGCUACGGCACCAACAACACCAUCAACCUGCGCCUGUGGGCCGGCAAGCCCUCCACGGAGUUCGAUCUGCAGCAGCGCGCGGAGUCGAUCAGCAGCGUGCUGUACCCCGACGACCGCAAGCCGCAGGGCAAGGAGCUGCGGCUGAAGCAGCAGUUUUUCAUGGUGUCGGCCUCGCUGCAGGACAUCAUCAGGCGCUUCAAGCGGACCGAAACCGACUUCACAAAGCUCCCCGAGAAGGCGGCGAUGCAGCUGAACGACACGCAUCCGACGAUCAGCGUGGCGGAGCUGAUGCGGCUGCUGAUGGACGAGGAGGGGCUGGGGUGGACGCUGUCGUGGCAGAUCACGCAGAAGGUCUUCGCCUUCACCAACCACACCGUGCUGCCCGAAGCCCUCGAGAAGUGGCCCGUCAGCCUCAUGGAGAGCCUGCUGCCCCGCCACAUGCAGAUUAUCUACCAGAUCAACUUCGAGUUCAUGCAGAUGGUGAAGUCGCGCUUUGGCGACGACUUCUCGCGCUCGUCGCGCAUGUCCAUCAUCGAGGAGGGCGAUGUCAAGAACGUGCGCAUGGCGAAUCUGGCGAUUGUGGCGUCGGAGUCUGUCAACGGUGUGGCGGCUAUUCACUCGGAGCUCAUCAAGCAAACCAUCUUCAAGGAAUUCUAUGAGCUCUGGCCCCACAAGUUCCAGAACAAGACAAAUGGAGUCACCCAGCGGCGCUGGCUGGCGUUUUGCAACCCGGGGCUGCGCGAUCUGGCGGACGAGGUGGUGGGGUCGGACGACUGGGUGUCGGACCUGGAGAAGAUCACGGCGCUCAGGGGCAAGGCGGAGGACGCCACCUUCCAGAAGCGCUGGAGAGAGGUGAAGCAGCAGAACAAGCAGAAGCUCGCUGACGUCAUUCUCAAGCUCACUGGUGUCAAGGUGAGCACGGAAGCGCUGUUUGACAUUCAAGUGAAGCGCAUUCACGAGUACAAGAGGCAGCUCCUCAACGUGCUCUCCGUCAUCCACCGAUAUGAAGAGAUCAAGCGCAUGUCCUCGGAGGACAAGUGCCGGGUGGUGCCACGAGUGGUGCUGCUGGGCGGCAAGGCAGCGCCGGGGUACGAGAUGGCGAAGCGCAUCAUCAAGCUCAUCAGCGCCGUGGGGGAGAAGGUCAACAACGACCCCGCUGUGGGCGACCUGCUCAAGCUCGUCUUCCUGCCCGACUACAACGUCUCCCUCGCUGAGAUCAUCAUCCCCGCCAGCGACCUCUCCCAGCACAUCAGCACGGCGGGAACGGAGGCGAGUGGCACGUCCAACAUGAAGUUUGCCAUGAAUGGGGGGCUCAUCAUCGGCACCAUGGAUGGCGCUAACGUGGAGAUUGCAGAGGAGAUCGGCGAGGAGAACAUGUUCAUCUUUGGAGUUCGAGAGCACGAGGUUUCCCGCCUGCGCCGCGAGCGGCCAGGCUACAACCCAGACGGCCGCUUUACCAACGCUGUCAACAUGAUCCGCAACGGCCAGUUUGGGUGGGUGGACUACUUUGCCCCGCUCGUGCAGUCCCUGGACGGGUCCAUGGGUGGUGACUUCUACCUCCUCGCCAACGACUUCCCCUCCUACCUCCAAGCUCAGGCUAAGGUGGACGAGACGUGGAGGAACAAGGGGCAGUGGGAGAAGAUGAGCAUUCUGAGCACAGCAGGCAUGAGCAAGUUCAGCAGUGAUCGCACGAUUGCCGAGUAUGCCAAGGACAUCUGGCACGUGCAGGCCUGCAAGCUCGACGUUGAGGCCGCUGCUGCUGCUAAGGAAGCUAAGAACAAGAGCGCCAACUGA